CGCAUAUCAUAUAACUGAUUAUUCCGCUUUACUUUUCCAACGCAUUCUUUCUUAAAAAACAAAUAAAUAAAUACACAUACAAAUAACGCAUUAAACAAAUAUGGGAGCUUUAGCAGGACCUGACCGCAAAGACAUAAACAUUGAACCUGGAUGUAAGCCUGACUGGGCAUGUAAACCCAUGUUAGGAUUCUCUACUUGGUCUACACAAAUAUUGGACGAUGUACCAGGAUAUGGUGGAAGAACAGAAAGUCCAUGGUUUAAUGAAACCAACAUUAAAGAAAUUUCUAAUGUAAUGCGACAAAAGAUGCCUGAUUAUGAAUAUAUCAACUUAGACUCUGGAUGGAGUCAAGAAUGCGAUGAGAAUGGCCGAUGGAUGUUUCGAUCAGAACUCUUUCCUAAUGGACUCAAAGCUCUUUCAAGCCAUUUAGCAACAAAUGGACACAAACUAGGACUGUACAUGCUACCGGGAAUCCGUAAAGAUGCUGCAGAUGCUAAUCUGCUUGUCAAAGGAACAAGCCACCGCCUAGGUGAUUUGGUGACUAUGAAACGUCAAGGAAACGGGUUCAAAGAUACUACGUACAUGCCAGACGUACACAAUGAGGUUGUCCAAGCUUAUUAUGACUCGAUUGCAGAUCUCUUUGCCGAAUGGGGUGUUUCAUAUGUAAAAGUCGAUGGCUGUGGACCAGGAGGUGGUGAUCAGAUGUACCCCUAUCAAUCUCCAGAUAACCGCGCCUGCCUUUAUAUGCUCGCGACCUCAUUCAAACAACGCAACAUCUGGAUGGAACUUUCGUGGUACCUUGACCAUUCAUAUGCAGACGAAUGGGCGUACAUUGCAAACGGAGCCCGCAUUUUCAUUGACAUUGAAUCCUAUUCCACAAAGACGAUGACAAGUUCAUUUCGUGUCUUUCAGCGUAUCACACAAGCCUCUCGAUGGGCUGACAAGGUCGUGGUUGGAAAAAAAUACGGCUUUUUCCUUGACCUAGAUGUUGUUGUUGUAGGAAUGACUGUUGAUGGGAAUUGCAUCGAUGGAUUGGAUAACGAUGAUAUUCGCCUGUCUUACAUCUCAUUCUGGGCCCUCUUGAGUUCAGUAUUCUGUAUCGGGGCAGAUCCUCGCAAGAUCCCCGAAAAGUAUUUGCGGAUGCUGUGCCAUCCAGGCAUUAUUGCCAUACACCAGUCCGGAAUAAUGGCCCGUCCAAUCCAGUCUGGUAAUGUUUGGACAAACCGAAAACAGAUCUGGUGGAAGAAGAUGGAGAACGGCAAGAUAUGCGUGGGCCUCUUUAAUGCGCACGUCUACAUGCUGAUUCUCGGGAUGAACCAAGGAUUUGUGCUCAACCUGACUGACGUUGGUAUCACUGCAGCAGAUAUUGAGGAUGUCUGGACAGGUCAAAAUUUAGGCACGCACAAAGAUACUUACAAGGUGUAUCUCCGUCCAGGACAAUGCCAGAUAUUAAUGUUGACCCCAAAGACAUCUUCCCCUCUUUCUUAACCAUGCUUGUUAUAAUUUUUCCACCCGUUUUUCUUACAUAGGUAUCGGUUUGUCAUUACUUUCUUAUUAAAAAGAUACGAUUAACUAUAUAUAUUUUGUCUAAAUAAAAUAAAAAUAAAGAAAUCUAUAUCUUU